AUGGCUAUGUCUUCACCUGAAAAUGUCAUCACAGACUAUAAAUCGCUGCCUCCACUGCCCAUUGGCCAGCCCGAGCUGAUCCUCAUGCUCCAGCCAGGGCUGGAACAUGUCCUGUCAAGUUCACAACAACUCAUUUCGUCCAAAGAAGAUCUUACGAAUAUCCACGGCGUUCUUGAUCGGCAUGGCGCGUCCAUGGCGUUGCUUUUCGGCACUACAGAAGAGCGACUCCGACAGCCGCAGCUUGCAGCCCACGGGAAGCGAGCAUUCCCAGCAACAUACGCAUAUGAGGAAGAUCUAUCUACAUUUUACCGGGUUCACGCAAAAGCGGACUCGUUGGAGACUAUUGCUGCAGAGCUUCGAAAGGACCCUCAGGUGCGAGCGGCGUAUGUCAAGCCGGGCGGGUCGCCGCCUGUGAUUCUGGCUGAGAAGCUACUGGUGAAAAAGGAAGCCGUGGCUCCAUCCACAACGCCGAAUUUUGUUGAAAGACAGGGUUAUCUCAACCACGCUCCAGAAAGGGAUCGACUCCAUCAAGACCUCCUGGAAUAUGACGGAGGACUGAUUGCGGGAACCGCCACCACCAAUGAGGACUUUGUUAAUCACGGCACAGCGGUUACCGGAAUUCUGGGAGGGGAUGUGAAUGCGUAUGGAGUGACCGGAAUAUGCCCACGUGCCACCAUUUUCACUUCAUCGUUCUGGGAUCAGAGCACAAGUACCGCUAUCAAAGCGGCGGCGGAUCGAUUGGGCCCUCGUGAUAUCAUUCUGUUGGAGAUCCAUCGCUCAGGCCCAAGAGCAACAGGCAAUGGCCAGGAAGGUUAUAUUCCCAUCGAGUGGUGGCCAGAUGACUUUGCUGCCAUCAAGUACGCCACAAGCAAAGGGAUUACAGUUGUUGAAGCUGCUGGCAACGGUGGAGAGAACUUGGACGACCCAAUCUAUGACGCCCGGCCGUCGUAUUUCCCUGCCGAUUGGACAAACCCCUUCAAUCCGGCGAAUCCGUCGUCAGACGCAAUUCUUGUGGGCGCUGGAGCUCCACCACCUGGAACCCAUGGGGUUGACUACGGCCCUGACCGAUCACGACUGUGGUACUCUAACUACGGGGCUCGAGUAGACGCACAAGGAUGGGGUUAUGAGGUGACUACAACUGGCUAUGGAUGGCUACAAGGCGGACCCAGUGCCGACCUCUGGUAUACUGAUGGGUUUAGCGGCACUUCAAGUGCCUCGCCCAUCGUUACCGGAGCGCUUGCUUGUGUGCAGGGAAUUCUCAAAGACUUUGAUCGUCGCCCGCUUUCGCCGACUGAAAGUCGUUCUAUAUUGAGGAAGACAGGCUCAUCCCAACAGGAUGGGUACUGGGGUCCUGUCGCCCAGCGUAUUGGUAACCGGCCUAAUAUUCGGGAGAUGCUCCAAGCUGCACUCAAUCGCUGA